UUCUUCAUAAUACGCAGCUCCACGUGAGAGCAUCGUGUAAACAAUAACAUUUCUUUAUUGCAUCAUAAAUUAAACGAUUUAAAUAGUUAAAAUGCGUAUUGAAGUGUGUUAUUUUUGUUCCAGCAAGAUCUACCCUGGGCAUGGCAUUCAAUUUGUGCGAAACGACAGCAAGAUUUUCAAAUUUUGUCGAUCGAAAUGCCACAAAGCGUUCAAAAAGCGCAAGAAUCCACGUAAGGCCAAAUGGACCAAGGCUUAUCGUAAAACCGCUGGCAAAGAACUCACGGUCGAUCCAAGCUUUGAAUUUGAAAAACGUCGCAAUGUUCCAAUCAAAUACAGAAGAGAAUUGUGGGAAAAAACGGUUGACGCCAUUCAACGUGUCACCGAAAUUAAAAACAAACGCACCGGUUUGUAUGUCAUGCAGAGAUUACGCAAGGGCCGUGAAAAGGAAAUCGAAAUGGACGUUAAAGAUGUACAGAAGAAUAUGUCAUUGAUUCGAUCUCCAGCUGCCGGUUUGAAAGAACGUCAAGCAAAGGAAGCCGCACAACAAGCAGCAAUGAUGGAUGAAGGUGAUGACGACGAUGACGAAAAUAUUACAUACGUUGACGCCAAACAACUCGAAAAGCAAUUGGCUCAAAAUGCAGCCAUGGAUUCAGACGAAGAAAUGUUGGCGGAAGAGAACUAAAUAUACUUUCUUUUAGUUUUAAGUUUCUUGGUGCGAUUAAGAGAUAGAAGGCAAAAUUAAAAUGUUUCUAAAUAUGUUUCCAUUUUAUUUUAUUUUACAUCAAUAAAAAUGUAAUGUUAAAAAUGUAAAUAAACAUAAUACACUGUAA